UUGGGGUUUUCUCCCUUCCGGUGGUUCUGAUUUGCUCUCCUCUCCUGUGGAUGAGUCAUGGACACUGUUUCUGUGGCAACACUGCUGCCAAGGAGGGGGAUAAAGCUGUUGCCAUGGUGCUGGAUGGGCAGGAAUUCUGCAGAAGGAAAACACUUAAUAAUUAACUUGCAGACAGACGCAGCUCCAGACUUGCCUUUGUGCUCUGGGGAAGGUGCCCUGGGCUCCCUGCUUCCCAGCACAGGGAAAAGCUUCAACGCCAUUUUCAGUGCUGAGGGAUGAGUCCUUGCAUGGGAUGAGUGCUGGUAGAGGGAAGAGGCCGUGCUUUGUCUGGAGAGAGGGGAGAUGGGGUGGGGAGGGGGAUCCUGUUCCAGUCGGUGCAGUCGGCUUAGUGCCCGUAAAGCUGCUUAGUGCUCACAUUCUGCCAGAGGGCAGUUUUUAAAAAGGCAAAGCCUCUUACCCUGAGAAGGCAAGGAUUUGGUGCAGGCGCUGACUGCUCUCAAUGCCCUUAAGGAGAAAUGGAUCCAGAAGCAAUUGGCACAAAGUUGGGAAAAGAUUACCUAUGCACUCCAGAGGAAAACGUUUACAAGAUAGACUUCACCAGGUUUAAAAUCCGGGACAUGGAAUCAGGCACAGUGUUGUUUGAAAUCACCAAGCCAGCAGCAUCAGAACGUGAGCACAAUGACAAGAAGGACGUUGACCCCAACGCGGGGCGCUUUGUGCGCUACCAGUUCACCCCAGCUUUCCUUCGCCUGCGCCAGGUGGGGGCCACGGUGGAAUUCACAGUAGGGGACAAACCCAUCAACAACUUCCGCAUGAUUGAGAGGCAUUACUUCCGCGAUCAGCUGCUGAAGAGUUUUGAUUUUGAGUUUGGGUUCUGCAUCCCCAGCAGUAAGAACACAUGUGAGCACAUCUAUGAAUUCCCACAGCUCUCGGAGGAUCUCAUUCGAGAGAUGAUCCUCCAUCCAUACGAGACACAGUCGGACAGUUUCUACUUCGUAGAUAACAAGCUGGUGAUGCACAACAAGGCAGAUUAUUCAUACAGCGGAGGACCUUGAGAGCGGGAUGGGCAGCCAACCUGGGCUGGCCUUUGCUUUCCAAUUGAAGUCAUCAGGGACACCGACACCUUUGGUUCAGUUGCCUACAACUGGACACGGAUCCACAAACCAAGGACUCUGCCACAGUAGGAGUUUCAUGACCAAACUGGCCAGCCUCAUCUCUUUGAGCAGACCCAGAUCUUCAGAGCUCUGGGCGGUUCUACGAUGCUACGUGAACUUUGGAUACCACUUCCCUAUGUUCUUCAGGUGUCUGCUUUGAACAUGGCCUUGUGGGACCUGUGGGAUUUUGCCCUAAUUCUGCAGAUUUGUCUACUUGCCCUCCCAUAUCCUUUGGGUUUCAGAGAAUGCAAUUUGAGAAACGUGUGAGUGGACGGAUGCAAAACGCAGAGUUUUUUGUUUGCUUGGCCCUUGUUGUGAAUGCUUCAAAACCUUACAGAAUCGAGUUUCACCUUUUGGAUUAUUGCUCUAAAUAAGCAUCUCAUCCCUUU